GACAAAAGUACGUACAGCUUUUGGUAAGGAUUUUGUUUUGCGGCUCAAAGCAUGAAAGCGACAGUGGUUGUAUUUUUAAAUGGUGCAAUGGCUGAAACGACGAGUACGUUUAGCUUUUGGUAUUACGAAUUUUAUUUCGUUCAGCGACGGACAAUGCUAGGCUCCCGGCACGAUCAUUUGCGGCACCGACAAUGCAAGCAGUGGAAAUAUUCUGAUGAAGAUGCCUUUAAAGCAGCAAGCUUGUGCCGCGAUAAUCUCAUUUGCUUCUUAACUUUUACGCUUGAAUCAGUCACUACCUCACGGGAACAGAUAAGCGUCAUGACUUGCGCGAUAACUACGCCAGUCUUCCAUACGGACCCAUUCUACUGCAGUCAUUGCAUCGUCUUUGUUUGCCAGAUUGGAUACUGCUUCUGACAAAAUGCAUUUGACAAGCUUCGCUAGACUCUUGCAUACUUGACGAGUGCGCUGUCUACUACAAUAUCGUUCGUUUGUUCACCUGUGCAACUUUUAUUUUGAGACACGUGUUGCAAUUUUGAACUAAAUGUUCUUGACAUAGCAGGUCAUAUUACUUUGGUAAUGUAAGGUGCACACACACAAUAAUACAGUACAUACA